UCGAUACUUGCGUUGUCCCUUCUCUAAUUGCAGCUUCGACUUUGUACAAUUGUAAUUUGCAAAAAUUGUUUUAUUCUUCUCUCACACUUGAACCACCCGCCACCCAACACGGAAAGACAGCCACAUCCGGCCGGUAAAAUCAGAUAACGAACUCGUACGAAAUGUCUGCCGAUCGACUGGACGUGAUUAUCUUUGGAGCCAGCGGCUUCACUGGAAAAUACACCGUCUUCGAAGCUGUCACCGUGCUCAAUGGCCUGAAAUGGGGAAUAGCUGGCAGGAGCCGCGAAAAGCUAGAGUCGGUGCUCAAGCAAAUGGGUGACAAGGCCAAGAAGGAUCUCUCCCAGGUGCCCAUCUUCAUAGCUGACGUCAACGAUGAGGCUUCCCUGCUGGAAAUGGCCCGCAGGGCCAAGAUCGUGGUAAACACCGCAGGACCUUAUCGCUUCCAUGGCGAGAAAGUUUUAAGUGCCUGCAUAGAAGCUGGCACUCACCAUGUGGACGUAAGUGGCGAGCCCCAGUACAUGGAGACCAUGCAGUUAAAGUACGACUCGAGGGCCAAGGAGAAAGGAGUGUACGUGGUGAGCGCCUGUGGUUUUGAUUCCAUUCCUGCCGACUUGGGCGUCAUCUUUGCGGAGAAGAACUUUGACGGAACCGUCAACUCCGUAGAAACCUUUUUGGAAAGUGGACUCAAGGAGGGCGGCAGUGGCGGAGGCAGCGCUGGCCUGAACUACGGAACGUGGGAAAGUGCUGUGUAUGGCCUGGCCCAUUCGGACGAGUUGCGUGGCAUUCGGCAGCAGCUAUUUCCAGUGAGACUGCCCAAGUUUUUCCCCGUCCUUAAGCCCAGGCCAUUGGUGUUCCGCUCCACCGAAGUGAACAAGGUGUGCCUGCCAUUCCCUGGCUCCGACCGAUCGGUGGUGAUGAGAUCGCAGCGUUUCCUAUACGAGCAGGAUAAAAAGAGGCCCGUCCAGAUGCAGGCCUACGUGGGAUUCCCCUCCUGGAUAGCAGCCGGCGUUGUGAUCCUCUUCGCAAGCAUAUUUGGACUGAUGUCAAAGUUUCAAAUUGGUCGUACGCUGCUGCUGAAGUACCCCGGCUUGUUUUCUGGAGGACUUGCCUCGCGCUCCGGACCCAGUGAGGACUCUAUGGAGCGUACAUAUUUCAGGAUGACGUUCAAGGCCGUUGGCUGGCCCAAAGGCGACCGUUUGGCCGAGAGUUCAGACCAAUACACGGAGCCCCCAACAAAGACGCUAAUGGUUAGAGUUUCGGGAAUGAAUCCCGGAUAUGGAGCCACCUGUGUGGCACUGCUCUCCACGGCCUUGACCAUCUUGCGCGAGUCGGACAAAAUGCCAAAUAAUGGCGGCGUUCUGGCCCCUGCUGCCGCCUUCUCUAAAACCAGCCUCAUAAGCGAGCUGGAAAAACACGAACAUGGCAUGAAGUUCGAGAUUCUAGCCAAUAAGUGAGAUUUUAACCCUAUAUGGAAUUUACCUAAAAGGGGUUUGGUUUGUUUUGCAUAUGUAAGCACUAAUUAAAUUUGCCAGCACUGUUGAUAAUCACUCUA